AUGUAUGUGAAAUUCACCUCUCAAAUGAUCCGUCAGAUGGGGAUGUGCGGUAAAGACUAUACCCAGGAACGAGACCAACCUUGCCAUUGGAGUCGAGUUCCUUCAUGUCCUGCAACCUCCUAUGCGGCCACCCUUCACUUAAAGACCGAUAUUGAAGACAUUUUACGGCUUUCCAGUGCAAGGAUGGUGCAGGUAACUGUGGGGAAUACUGUCGGCGCUCUCCAAAUCGCGAUUACUGUUGCUACGUUGCUCUUCGGACGAUCCGGCUAUCUUGAAAACGAUGGUUGCUUUGAAUUGGCAGAAACACUUAGGCUUAUGGAGCUUGGACAAUCAAUCGGCGUGUCCUAUGAAAUGUACAUGGUGACGGUCGAAGGGCGCAAAUCGACUCGUUUCGUCGGCCUCGGAGUUGCAGUGAUUCUCGGAGGGUUGAUUACGGCGAUUGUGCAGAGCUUCUUUUCCUGGCGCCUCUACAAGCUACUUCCCCAACCAUUCAGCUACAUCGGCAUUCUUUGCAUCGUGAUUUCAAAUCUUCGAUGCGUUGCAGCUUUCAUAUUUAGUCAGCGAGUCAUUACCCAAACCGUUGGGGAGUGGAGAACAGACUCUUUUGGCUUGGUCACGGUGUUGUUGUCGUCUGGUGCCGUAAUUGACGUCAUCGUUGCGGUUACUUUAGUAUCGUUUUUAUUGAAAAAACGGCGAAAGGCUUUUUCAAGGGCUGCAGGAUUCAUUGAGCGAAUUGCAGCCUUUACAAUCCACGACAUUAACCUUUUCAAAGGAACUGGCCUUCUCACCAGUAUCACGGCAACCUCUGUACUUGUUUGCACGUUUGGGUCGCCAUAUACACAGUCCUUGCGAAAUCCCCGUCCAAAUCAAAUGAUUACAAUCGAGAUGACUUCAGUCGUCAACUCCGAUAAGGACCAAAAGGGUACUCCGCAAGAUAGUCACGAAUGGGAAGACGUUAAAUACCAGGUUCCUACUACCCAACUAACGCCGCCACUGUCCUCUGCGGUUUGAUUGAUUGCGGAAAAACCACAAUUUUUGUAACGACUACCCCCUGCUUGAUGCUUCACCUCUUAUAUCCAGGCUCCAUAUGGUUCAUACUACUUUUAUGCUCAAACUGCUGGUUGGAUGGCGUAACGUUUGGCUUCAUUAUUCCACAAAUCAAUACUUACAUAUUUAAACGAACAAAGGACUAGUAUUUAUGUAAAUUAUCUGCGUUUCUAGGAUUCUAGUAAACAACUACUUAGUAACAAAGCUUUCAAAUUCGUUCAAG